AUGAGUCUGGCCGGCUCCGUACCGCUGCAGAGCGGCCAGGCCGUCCAGCCGAACCCCAUGCCUUCCCUGGGCGCCCCGUUCAACCCUGUACCCUCGGAUGACUCGACACCGCGCGCUGGUAGCGAUGUAGGGCAAGACGCAGACGACGUAGGCGAGGUGGGAGAGAAGAAACAGAAGAAGCGAGGCCUGUUUGGGUUUGGGAAGAAGAAGGCCACCAAUGAUGACUCGUCGGCCAAGGCCUUGAACAAGGACAAGCCCGAUCUGCCUCCGCCCGAGCCUUCAGAGAAGGAGCGGCCUACCCGCCGAACCACGGCAUCCCCGAUCCAGACCGAGCAUACCUACAUGACGCCCGCUUCGCCCACCCGUGGUGCUAUGGCUUCGUCUCCCCGUCUCGCCUCCCCCGCUGGAUCCCAGAUUUUCGAGCGCGACGUCCAAGAGAGCGCCGUGUUGAUGCCCAACUCACCGGCCAUCCCGUCGCAUAUUUCGACCGAGAACCAUAUCCCCCCGGUCCUCGAUGCCUCUUCCGAGGCCAUCACUGACAACCACCUUGAUCCGGACAGCGUCGAGAUCAUCACCCACACAGCCCACCAACCUGCCGCCGUCACCGUCUCCGAGGCCUUGACCCAUGAUAGCAGCAGCAAUGUCGGUGCUGCCUCGUGGACAGACGAGCUGGCUGCUUUCUCCGCCGACAAGGAGGACAGCGCCUCCAACUACGGCUCCUUCGACACCAACGAUGUUCGCCGCCUGAGCUUCAUCUCCUUUGCCGAUGUCGUACAGGCCGAGCAGGUCUCGUCACACACCGGCGCCUCUGCGUCGCGUGACUCGAUGCACCUCGCAGGCCUGACCAGCCUCGCGUCAGCCGGGGCCAAUCGGUCGCCGAGCCCCAUCCGCUCUCCCGUCUCGUCGCAGGGCGGCCCGGGCACGUCGCCGCCGACGAGCAAGUCGGGCUCGAUCAAGGGACUCGAGAUGUCCCCGGUCAGGAAACCUCUGGGUAGCCCUACGGCCUCCGCGACCACACCGCACAUGACUGCAGGCGGUGAGAUUAGCAUCGAGACCAUGUCUCAGGCCUUGAGGCGUACGGGAAGCCGGGACCUGAGCGCCGUCAGGAGCCUGCCCACGAGCCCGAUUGAGGGGCCUUCGUCCCGGUAA